AUGAAUCUCGCCAGUCAGAGCGGCGAGGCCGGCUCCGGCCAGCUGCUCUUCGCCAACUUCAACCAGGACAACACGUCCCUAGCUGUUGGUAGUAAGUCCGGUUAUAAAUUUUUCUCCCUUUCUUCCGUGGAUAAGCUGGAACAGAUCUAUGAAUGCAAUGACACGGAGGAUGUGUGCAUUGUGGAGCGGCUCUUCUCAAGCAGCUUGGUGGCCAUUGUCAGCCUUAAAGCCCCCAGGAAGCUCAAAGUCUGCCAUUUCAAGAAGGGCACAGAGAUCUGCAAUUACAGCUACUCCAACACCAUCCUGGCGGUGAGGCUCAAUAGGCAGAGACUGAUCGUGUGCCUGGAAGAGUCUCUGUACAUCCACAACAUCCGUGACAUGAAGGUGCUGCACACCAUCCGCGAGACGCCCCCAAACCCCACAGGCCUGUGUGCGCUGUCCAUAAACAAUGACAAUUGUUACUUGGCGUACCCUGGGAGUGCCACCAUCGGAGAGGUGCAGGUCUUUGACACCAUCAAUCUGAGAGCUGCGAACAUGAUCCCAGCUCAUGACAGUCCUCUUGCAGCGCUGGCUUUCGAUGCAAGCGGUACCAAACUGGCCACAGCUUCUGAGAAGGGGACCGUGAUUAGGGUCUUUUCCAUUCCAGAGGGACAGAAACUCUUUGAAUUCCGGAGAGGAGUUAAGAGGUGUGUCAGCAUCUGCUCCCUGGCCUUCAGCAUGGACGGCAUGUUCCUCUCAGCGUCCAGCAACACGGAGACUGUGCACAUUUUCAAACUUGAGACUGUGAAGGAAAAACCCCAGGAGGAGCCCACUACCUGGACUGGCUACUUCGGGAAAGUGCUCCUGGCCUCUACCAACUACCUGCCCUCGCAAGUCACAGAGAUGUUCAACCAGGGCAGGGCCUUUGCCACCGUCCGUCUGCCCUUCUGCGGCCACAAGAACAUUUGCUCCCUCGCCACAAUUCAGAAGAUUCCCCGACUGUUGGUGGGUGCAUCAGAUGGGUACCUGUACAUGUACAACCUGGACCCCCAGGAAGGGGGCGAGUGCACCCUGAUGAAGCAGCACAAGUUGGAUGGCAGCCUGGAGACAGCCAGUGAGAUCCUGGACUCUACGUCCCAUGAGUGCCCCUUAGUCACCCCGCCGUACAGCACAGCCGCAACCAAAGGCACUUGCCUGCCUCCGUCCCCGACGAGACCUGCCUACUCAGACGAUAUGGGCGCAGCUGGCGGCACAUGUCUAGAAGAAGAAGCCGGUGCGCUACGACUAGACGAGGACAGUGAGCAUCCUCCCAUGAUCCUUCGGACGGAUUGA